CAUUCGUUCUCACGCCGCCAGAAUCGGCCGGAAUCCGCGUUUCCGGAGGCGAUCGCGGGGGUCGGGUCCCACGGCGCCUUGUGAGACUGACACAGUCUGCCUCUCCUCUUGUGAGCCCCUAUACUUUGGGAUCACCGAUGUGACACAUUGUAGGACCACAUCCAGUCUGACGAUGGUUCAGGAGAGGGGGAAGUAUGACUUCUACAUUGGCUUGAGCCUAGGUGUCAGCUCCAGUGUUUUCAUAGGAGGCAGCUUCAUACUGAAGAAGAAAGGUCUUCUCCGUCUGGCCAGGAAUGGAUGCAUGCGAGCAGGUCAAGGUGGCUAUGCAUAUCUGAGAGAGUGGCUUUGGUGGGCUGGAUUACUAUCAAUGGGAGCUGGUGAAGGAGCCAACUUUGCAGCAUACGCAUUCGCACCUGCCACUCUUGUCACCCCUCUGGGAGCCCUUAGUGUUCUGGUGAGUGCAGUUCUUUCUUCGUACUUCUUGACGGAGAGGCUGAACUUGCAUGGCAAGCUGGGCUGUCUGCUGUGUAUACUUGGUUCCACCACCAUGGUGAUCCAUGCCCCACAAGAGGAGGAGAUUCACAGCCUGGAGGAUAUGGCAAACAAAUUGGUGGAUCCAGCUUUUGUGGUGUUUGCAACCUUUGUGAUGAUUGUGGCCCUCAUUUUUAUUUUUGUCUUGGGACCUCGUCAUGGCCAGGUUAACGUCCUGGUCUACAUCACAAUCUGCUCUGUCAUUGGAGCACUUUCUGUGUCAUGUGUGAAGGGUCUAGGCAUUGCCAUAAAAGAGGGGAUAGCAGGCAAGCCUGUGGCCGGAAACCCUCUGUCCUGGGUGCUCUUAAUCAGCCUCGUCAUCUGUGUGAGCACACAGAUUAACUACCUGAACAAGGCUUUAGACAUCUUCAACACCUCCCUGGUGACACCGAUUUACUACGUCUACUUCACCACAUCCGUGCUUACCUGCUCCGCCAUUCUCUUCAAAGAGUGGGAGCACAUGGGCCCAAGUGACAUCAUUGGUACCAUUAGUGGCUUUGCCACCAUCAUUGCUGGAAUUUUCUUGCUCCACGCCUUCAAGGAUGUGAACAUCAGCUUGGCCAGUCUGGCUACGUCUAUGAGGAGGGAAGAAACCGAGGCUCCCAUGGCCAAUGGCGUGGGUGCGCACAUCUCUUAUGACCUGUUGAACACUGAAACCUCAAUAGAGACGGAGGGCAGGGACAUGGGUCUGCCCUUUGAUAUUGUCUCCAGGAGGAAUGGUACUGCAGUUGCCUUUUUAGGACAAUAACUAAAUUAUUUCAUGUGCAUCAACACGUUGUGAACAGUUCACUUGUACCUCAACUUACACACGCAAUUGUGACUGAAAGGCUGUUUGUAACUUUAAUUGUUCAUAAGUCCAAACACUGUGUCACCAUUUGUAAAAUAUUAAUACAGCGUAAUCCCUUGAUUUAUUCACAAGUUAGAUUCUGUAAAAAAUAUCAAAGUUGCAAUAAAUUAAAAAUUAACUAUGACUUCUGUAGGGGGGCCGCAGUGGUGCAGUGGGUUGGACCAGGUCCUGCUCUCCAAUGGGUCUGG